AUGGGGGUGCCACGUUGGUGCAGUUUGGGCAUCACCAUCCUGCUGCUGGUGUCGCAGAUCAUCAUCAGCCAGCUGUGCAGGUCCUUCGUCAUGAUGGUGGACAGCUUCCACACGCUCUUCAUCCUCAUGCACAUGGCUCUUCCUCGCCCGCAACCGAAGCCCUGCCACCCAUCCUACGAUCCGCAGCCCCUCACGGCAUCUUCAACGUCGACCUCUCAUGGCCUCCAUCCAUGUGGUUCCCCUCCUGGGCCUGUGCUGUGUCGCAUGUCCCACACUGACAACAGGACCAGACCCGUGGGGGUCUUUGUUUCUGCUUUGCUGCUGGCCUCUCUUUGCAUCGCCUGUUUGAUGGAUGUCAUCAGCUUCCCCCUGGACACCCACCCUGUGGAGAGGCCCUCGCUGCUGGUGGCGGUGGGUGUGGUCAGCCUGUUGCACAACGUGACGGUGCUCUGGAUCACCUGGAAGCAGCAGCAGGGGGGGCCCAAGCCCAAGCCCAAGCCUGACUGUUACAUUGAAGUCAACCACGAAGCCUUGGCUCAGGAGGACUCCCUAGACAAGGCCCGGCCACGUGACGUUAGCAGAGUUCAGCCUGGGAUGGACCGCUCCGUUGUUUCCAACGGGGAGCUCGUCGUUUGUGACCCGGCAACCCCCAGUGUUCCAGAUGAGAGAGCGGCGGCUGCAAACUGCAAACUGGAGAAUCUGUCUGCAGAUGUGACUAAAGACAGUGGAUGUCUGGAUAACCCUUGUGCAGUUGGCACACCAUUACAUGUCCCCAGCAGCAGACGACCUCUCUGUGCAUCUUUGUGGGUCUGCCUCGUGCAGGGUCUGUCCUCUACAGCCCUGGUUCUGAUCACCAGCCUCGUGUUGCAGCUGGCCGGCCCUGUGGACCUCCUGGUCUACUUGGAUCCAGGUCUGGCCAGCUUGGCUGCCGUGAUAAUGGUGGCCACAGUCGCCCCACAGAUGCGCAGGUACGGACUGAUGCUCAUGCAAGCCGCGCCUCCACAUGUGUGCGUGUCAGAUGUCAGGAUGAAGAUCAGGAGCGUGCCAGGAGUUGAAACGGUGCACGAUCUCCACAUUUGGGAGUUGGCUGAUUCCGUGGUUGUGGCGUCGGUCCAUGUACGCUGUCAUGCGGCCUUUGCGACACACAGGUGUGCUGACCUGAUGUCAGGGGUCACCAAGGUACUACAAAGUGUAGGUGUGACCUGCUGCACUGUGCAACCAGAGUUUGAACCCUGCACACCCCCAGUCUUGGCAUGCAGCUUGUCCUGUGGUAAGGUCUGUGCUGGACACGCGUGCUGCCCUCUGCCUCAAGGCCAGGACUGCACAAGCUUGGCAGCACCAGCGACUGAAGACCAAACAACGGCAGAACCUCAGUUACACAACACAUGUGCAAUGAAGGAAAAAGUGACCAUGUGA